AUGGCGAACAAGUCAAAACAGACGACCAACUCUUCAUCUUCGUCAACGGAAUAUGACGAAAAAAGCAUACAGGAGCUGUUUGCCAUUACGGGCAAGUAUGCCUCUAGCGAAGAUUUCCAGAAACUGAAGAGACUUGACAAAGACAAUGGAGAACUGAGGCAGGACGUUGUUAAUCUCGGCAUUAGGAAUGAGAAGAACUUGGAGGAUUUCAUAAGGCUCAAGGGAGAAUGGGAAGUGGAGAAGGAAGGGCUGGUGGCUCAGCUUAAGGAAAAGGAAGACGAACGAAAUCAAGAGCUCCUAAACCGCCGAGCAGUUGAUCAAAUGUUAAGCGCCGAACGCGACACUACGGAGAAGCUGCGUGAACAGGCUGAAGAGCAAGAGGCACAUAUCCUACGGCUAGUCAAGAAAACUAAGGCAGACGAGACAGAGUUAAAUCGUCUUGACGCCAUCAGUCAAGAGCGCAACGACAUCCUGGACCAAGAGAGAAGGGACAAGGCCAAACUGCAAAGAGAAGUAAAUGAAACGCUCAAGCAGCUCGAGACCAGAACCAAUGAGUUAUCCGAUGCGACGAGUUCUCUCACAAUUUGCGAGACCCUUGCUGGUAUGUUCGACGCCGCCUUAGACUUUUUCCAGCGGAAAUUGGGCCAUGAUCUUGAUGCCGACGUUCUUGCACGAAGCAACUCUCAAACUUUUGCUUUAAACGCCCCUCCAAUUCCUCUGCCCGCUUCCAAUACGGAGGACGCCAAGAGAAUGAGAGUUGUGGCAGGCCUUAUGGUUUAUGGAAAGGCCCUCGUUAACAACGUAUUCCGGCCGACAUAUAACACUCAAAGCCACCAGCUCGACGAAGUGUUGCACCUUACCGCUGCGCAGAACCCGUCCCAAGAGACGUUUAUCCGUGCGGUAUUGCUAAAAGCAGCGCCAGAAAAACAGCAGCAGAACCGGGAAAGUUGCGUCGAGUUAGCCGUCCAAGAGGUACUAGUCGUGGUAGACCCCUGGAUUCAAAACAAGCUGGAAUUCAGAUCAGAGCUAAAGCACAUCUGUGAUCGGGCAUCUACAGCCUGGGCGCAAGUCCAGCUCUUGGAGUCUAGAGUUCGGCCAGACUUCCACUUUCAGCAUCCCGAAGAGUGGAAAGCCCUUCCUUUUCCGAUAUUGCGGUCGAACCCAACCAUUGUCUCUAAAGUUGGCAAUUCAAAGCAGACCCCCCCGCAGAAAAAAGUGCAAGGCCGCCAGCCAGAUUUAUCUACGGCGAGCCCCAAGCUGAGCGCACUGAAUAGUAGUGAUGUAGCCAGAGUGGUAUGGCCGUCAUUCCUUGCCACUGAUCCUCAGGCAUUCGAUGAUGAGACGGAUUCUACACCGUUGGAGUUAGUGUAUUAUGGAUACGUCUUGACGCAGGCGCAGAUAAAGGGUGCGGAGGAUGAAACUUCCCAGGCAUCUCAAAGGGUAUCUCUGAGGCCCAGGAAGAGACGGGAUUCAGGCGUUUUUGUUUCAAACAGUACACCGGGCGGAACAAGCUCGAAAUGA